AUGGCGAAGGACGAAUCUAAAAAGGACAAAAAGUCCAAGCGCAAAUCCGAUGUCGCCGCUAUGGACAUCGAUGCCACCACCGACGUAGAAGCCACACCAUCCAAAAAGGAAAAGAAGGAAAAGAAGGACAAAAAGGUCAAGGUCGAGGUCGAGGUCGACGCUGCUGGUUCCGACGACGAAGAUGCCGAGACCUCCGAUAACAUCUCUCCCAUCGCUCAACCUCUAGCCCAGCCAAAGAUGAGCAAGAAGCUCUUCAAACUCACCAAGAAGGCCUCCAAAUCCCGCGGUCACGUCAAGCGCGGUGUCAAGGAAGUCGUAAAAGCCCUUCGCAAGGGCGAAAAGGGUCUCGUCGUCCUAGCAGGUGACAUCUCCCCCAUCGACAUCCUCAGCCACAUCCCUGUCCUAUGCGAAGACACCAGCAACCCCUACAUCUUCGUAGCCAGCAAGGAAUCCCUCGGCGCAGCAAGCGCUACAAAGAGACCCACAAGCGUAGUCAUGAUCGUACCAGGAGGCGGAAAAAAAGCCGCAUCAAAGGGAAAAGACGCUACAAAGCUCAAGGAGGACUACAUGGAAGACUACUCCUCCCUCCAUAAGCAGGUCCAGGGUUUGAGCGACGAGGUCGCCAUGGCUGUCUAA